GUACCAUACCUUUCUAGUUCGUAGUAGCCUAGUAGGAUUUUCAUUACUCCCAUCUUACAUCGUGUCGAACUGACUGUGACGUUUAUGGCUGUCGCGGCGAGUGGAUUACAAGGGUAAAGGAGCUCCUCCGCAGAAGCCAACCCAGUAAAUAGUUGUAGUUCACUCUCGACUUAGGGCUGCAAGUGUGCAGCUCUGCUUAAGAGUUUUAAGCAGCAAUGGCGGACGUCAACAAUUCAAUGCAAUCAUUGGCGUCGCAGAUAUGUGAUCAGAUAAGCAGCGUCUUCUCCCGGGCCAGCAAUACAACUUCGGCACUAGAGGUGGCGGUGGAAGAGAUCGCAGGGGCGGCCGCCCGAAGUGGACGCGUGUUCGUGCAUGGCGUCGGUCGCGAAGGUCUGAUGCUCAAGGCCCUUUGCAUGCGCUUGUCCCACCUCGGUCUCUGGGCCCACUGCGUCGGCGACAUGACCACACCUCCCAUCUCUUCUCCCGACCUUCUCGUCGCCUCUGCUGGCCCUGGUGGGUUCCCCACCGUCGACGCCAUCUGCGGGGUUGCUCGGUCCAAUGGUGCUCGUGUCCUGCUCCUCACCGCCCAGCCGGAGUCAGGGUCGGCCGUUCGACAUGCCACCACGAUUGCUUUUCUUCCCGCGCAGACCAUGGCAGACGAUCAUAAUGACCAUAACCGUCCUUCCGGCACCAUGGGAUCUCGGCCUUUACUUCCGAUGGGGAGCCUCUACGAAGGAGCCAUGUUUGUGUUGUUCGAGAUGGUGGUGUUCAGGUUGGCGGAGGUUCUGGGUCAGCCCCCAGAGGCAGUCCGAUCCCGUCAUACCAAUCUCGAAUAGUGAACAGUAGCUCUCACCAUAUGUAUAUGGUAUAUACUGGUACAUUUGUCGUCCAAUAAAGGAAUAAUCUCGCCAUUAUCAGCCUCAUCUUCACCUGAGAAA